GGUACCGCGGUCUCGCGGUGUUUGGAUCGUUUCCCCAGUGACGGUGUCCUUGAGGUCGCGGCGAUGGGUUACUGGGACUCGGCGGAUGGGGAUGACUGUCCGAGUAAAACCUGGGAGACGACGCGGCUCGGGGCAGGCCUCGGUCUUGUUGGUUCUGCCUAUCAUAUUGUUGCACUACCACCUAAAAAUGCCAUGGAAGCUGUGCAACGAGGAGUCAAUGGGACCAUGACAAUGGCUGCACUUGGUGCAAUUUUUGGAAUAACAACCUGUCUGAGUGCACAUUUUCGAGGAACCAAUGAUGACCCAUUGAAUUAUUUCAUUGGAGGUUGUGCUUCAGGAGUGAUCCUUGGAGUACGAGCUCACAGCUACUCGACUGGUACUUUAGCCUGUCUGUCUCUGGGUGCUAUUGCAGCACUCACAAAGAUGGGCAAAAUGGAAGGCUGGCGUUUAUCUGGACCUCCCAAACUUUGAAAACAGCUGAAGCCCUGCAAACUUGUAAUAUAAUAUUUCUUGUCCAUUAAAAAGAAUGUAAAUUCUGCUUCAGUAUCA